AUGUCUGCAAAAACGGUACUUGUCGUUGGAGGAUGUGGAUUCGUGGGAUACCACAUCGUCAAUGCCUUCAUCCAAGACUCCGCCUGGUCUUCUAUCCACGUCAUGAGCCGCAAUCCAUCCCGCAACCAAGUCGAAGGCGCUCACUACCAUAGCGGAAGCCUCACUUCGUUCGAACAAGUACGAUCUUUGCUCGCCGACAUUCAACCCAGCCUCAUCAUUCACACUGCCUCUCCAAUUGGCUCUGGAAGCGCUAGCGACAGCGACUUUUACGAUAUCAAUGUGAAAGGAACGAAAAAUCUGCUCAAGGCCGCCAUCGCAAGCGACCAUGUCAGAAGUUUCAUUUACACUUCCAGCGUUGAGGUCAUGGAAGGUUCGUCCCACAUCUUCUUAACAGAAGAUGGUCAAAUGUACACGAUUACCUCUCGAGCCGAGUAUUAUGCAAAAACAAAGGCUAUCGCCGACCAAGCUGUACUGGAUGCAAAUGGCAUGGGAGGUUUGCGUACACUGUGCAUUCGACUUGCAGUGGUGUACGGCGAACGCGACAGCCAGCUUAUUCCGGGUACUCUUCAUGCCCUCCAAGAGGGUCGCCAUCGGUAUCAGAUCGGAGAUAACCAAAGUUUGUUCGACUAUGUGUCAGCGACAAAUGUUGCGCAAUCUCACCUACUCGCUGCGAAAGCUCUUCUUCGGCAACCAGAAGAUGGGAGCGGGAAGGUCGAUGGCGAAGCUUUCUUCAUCACAGACGGCAAUCCCGUUCCUUUUUGGACUUUCCUGCGUCAGAUAUGGUCUGCUGCGGGUGAUAGGACGGCUCCGGAGGAAGUAACCGUCGUUCCAGCUUGGUUCAUGUUGAGUUUGGCGAGUGCGGUCGAAUGGCUCUUUUGGGCUUUUACCCUGGGACUAAAGAGGCCCAAAGUUUUGAGGCGGCAGAUCAUGACAUACGCUUGUAGGCCGCGGACGUAUUCGAUCGAGAAAGCGAGAGAGAGAUUGGGGUACAAGCCUCUAGACGAUCGAGAUGAGCAGAUUCGGACAGGCGUGGACUGGGCUUCUCGUAUGCAUAAAGAGGAGAAAGAGGCAGCAUAG